UGGAAGCGAAGUGGUAUUGAUAUUAAAGAGGAAGGAGGGAGGGGUCAUUUCAGCUGGCUCACCGACCGCCACUCAUGAUGAUAUAAGCCUGGCAUUUAAUGCCGGUGCACGGCGUAGAGAGGAAAAUUACGCGUGGAUGUUAUUGUCAAUGGUGUUUCCUCAGCCUUUUCUUCUUUUCUUACACCUCUUCUUCCCGGUCUAGUCUAUUUUCAUUGUGAAGACAGAUCCGCGAGUCGUCUCGCCGUCAGCUAUCCAGACGUGAGGAAAUAAUAUGAUGGAGCCAAGAUUUGACAGGUUGGUCCGACGCAAGAAGCCAAAUGGGCGAGGCUACGGACCGAGUGACUUCGAAAAGUUCGAUCGUUAUAGCGCCUGCUGCGGCUACGGACAACUUGGCGAGGUCAAGGUUACGACUCAGAUCAACUUUAAAGAGUCGGAAUGGGGCCUUAUUGGCGCAGACACUCCGGGCGCUAUCAUACAUAUGAAUAUUGGUUUCACCCAACCCGAGAAGUGCAAAUUAGAAACGGCAACAAUCUUAGUAACCUUAGGGUCGCUUGACGAGAUUGACGAUAAAGCAGAGCUCGAUGCGCUCGAGCGGCGACCUGGGCUUUCCUCACGAGUUCCUUCUCGUGUUCAGUUUACACACUUGGGACCAGUAUAUGUUCCAGGUAGAGAGACGGAGAUGGAUUUCUCGCGCAACAUAAGUGGGACUCCAUCGCUCUCCUUUAAGGAUGCUUCUUUGAGCGGUCUAGGAGUUGAUCAACAAAAGACCUACAAGUAUUAUAAUCGGUGGGUCUUUUCUGGUCAGUUACUAGGAGAUGAUGAACACUCUGGCUUUAGAAAGCUGCAGUGGUUUUUACAGGAGAACAAGCUCGACUCGCCGUCGAAUCAUAGACCGGACUUCGAAGCUGCUUUUGCGCUGAUUCAUGAUCAUAACCCCUUUUUCAUCAGGGUAGAAAUUCAGGGGAAACUUGAAAAGAGACUGGAUCGCGUCAAACAAAAACUCCAAAAGCUUAAAUACGGAUUCUAUGGGGACAGGCCUCUUCGGUCCACACUAACAGUUGUCAACCACGCCGGAAUCGAGUUACCAAGGAGGCAGCUAAUAGCCAAGGCUAAAAAUCUACCCGAAAAGAUGGCCAAGAGAAAUGGUAUCAUCGAGAUCAUUCCUGGAAGAGAGACGGAAGAUGAAGAUAGCGAAGGCGAUGAUGACGGCGAUAGAGAUGACGCCGAUUCUCUCAAAGUAAAGAAUAUCACGAAGAGAAAGUCGCUUCGCAGAACUCCUCAGAAGUCGCCAAAAGAUCCAUUUAUCAGUGAAGUAAAGAGAGUACAUGCAUCUCUAUCUACAGGCGCAAUGAAUCGAACAUCAUGGUUAUCGUCUACCACGCUUGUAGAUGACGACGGAGAUGAGAAUACGGCCAGUUCCGAACAAGAGCCGGCAAAGAAGAAGGAAGCCGACGACGCCGAAACUCUAAACUUCCUUCUCCUUAUCAGAUUUAUUUUCCAAUAUUUAUUCCUACAAGCAGGAUAUGUGACCUCCAAACUCUCCAAACCUAGUAAAGAACAAUCUAUAUGAGAUGGCUGAAAAGCCAAGGGAGCCAUCAUAGGAACCCAACACCUAGGAUCUUGAGGAAAGGAUGCUUUCGAAAAGCUUCUUCGGCAACUAGUCCAACGAAUCGUUGAAUCGUUAAAUCAUUAUUUGGCGUCUUACUCGAGCUCGGGCUGUGAGCUGUGCAGGGUCCUUAGUUAACUCCGGACAGAGAAAAACAAACAAGAACGAUACUAUGUCAACAUCUCAUAACUAAACUAUUAAUUUUACUACGAUUUUAACAUUCUACUUCAGAAAUACUUGAUCGCCGCGAGCUUAAAAUGGGUUAAAUGAAUGAUAUCUUUAGUAUUAAAUUAAAUUUGUUCGUUGAUAGCCUUGAC